AUGACCGAAUCUUGCUAUAAGCUAAUGACAACCGAAAGCACCUUCUUUGAAGCCAGGAAACAAUGCUUGGCUGUUGGAGCCGACCUUGUUUCGAUACAUUCUGCGGAGGAGGAUCAGCUUGUACUAGAAUUGGCCUUCACUUACUUCGAUUUCCCGGAAUAUAAGAACGUGUCGGUGGCAAGGACCUGGCUGGGAGCGAUGAGGAAUGGAGCCCAACAAUCCGACUUCUUCUGGUGGGAUGGUACCACGUUUGACUAUACCAACUGGUCGGAGACACAACCCGACAAUUGGCAGGGGCAGGAAUUUGUUCAGAUUUACACGCAAAACAACGAAGAUGUCUAUAUAAAUCCCCGAUACCUCAACAAAUGGGAUGAUGUCUCAGACGCAAAAGCGCAUAACGCGGUCAUAUUCCGGAACCUCUUCAGCCUGUUCAACGGGAUCGGCUACCUGCGGCCGUGGAAGGUCAAACACAUCGAGGUGCUGAACAUCACCUUCGAGAAGGAUGACCUCAACAAUAUUCUGAGGGCGUUCAGGAAAUUGCGUCCGAUCAGCCUCACGCUGCUCAACUGUGCAUACGACCUUUUGACCGAGUUGGAAAGAACGCGUCUUGCCGUUGGGCUAACUGACGGCGGGCGGAUACAGGUAAUCUACAUCGGCCGUACCAGCGCGGUGAAACAGCCGCUCCCCGGGGCGAUCACCGCAAAGUAUGACGACAAAUCGUUGAGAGUGAUAUCGGAAGAUGAAGGCGAGGAUGAAGAAGAUGAAGAUGAGAGUGGCGAAGUCAACAUCGGCGAGACUGACGAUUCGGGUGAUGAAGAGAUGAUGUGCAUCGUGGAAGACUGCCAAGAUGACCACGGCCGUGCCGCCGACGCUCGUGACCUGAAAUCGCGCUGGGACCACCAGGACCACUGCCGCAGCAUCGGAUCAAAUCUGACGUCCGUGGUUGAUACCGAGGAAAAUAACUGGCUGGCAGAGUUUGCAAUCAAACGCGGCGGGUUGUUACAUUUUUGGACCGGCGGAAGAGUGGCUGCCGGCGCGAACAUGACUUGGGAUGACGGCCAACCCUCCACCAUCGCCAAUUGGGCCAGACUUUUUGGGGUUCAAAAACCGGACAACGUGCAGACGGAGCCAUGUAUUGAAGUGAUGACGUUUGCGCCUUACAAGUCCCGAUGGAACAAUGACCCGUGCUUCUGGCUAAAGCCUGCAAUUUGCAAACGUGCAUUCUCUGGA